AUGUUACGCCCACCGUUGCGGCUAGCCGGUGCCGCGCGACUGGAAUCGACGCUAGCGGCCCGGAUGCGAGAAGCUUCCGGCGAUUUGAAGACGAUGAAACGGGCGGUGCCGUCGGCGGAUGAUGUCGACGUCCAUCGGGAUGCCAACGGGGAGCCGUUUCGCGAGAUGUUCGUCAUGCCACGACGGAAGCUGCGCGCGCAGAUGAGCAUCGAGCAGCAGACGGGGAGGGCUGAGUGGAAACAACGCAGCCGUUUCGACAUCGGCAAUCGACUCGCGGUGCGAAAGCCCCGCUCGGAGACGAUGGAGCCCGACCAGGAUUGGCCGAACGUCUGGCCGGCCGCCCGAUCAUUCAACGCUUCCGUGGUGCCGCUUCCGGUCCGCAUGGGCGCGCGGCCAAACCCGGAAAGAAGGGCCCCCUUCAAGAAACAGGGCAACCUCGAGCUGGUCAAGAUCCCCAACUUUCUCCACCUCACGCCGGCGGCCAUCCAGCGACACUGUGAGGCCAUCAAGAAGUUUUGCACGCCAUUUCCGGCCGAGUUGAAGAAAGAGGAGGCUGUUGAUCAGUUUUUGCCGAUGAGCCUCUACUACAAUGACUACGUUCAUCAAGGCUCCUCGAUUCGUGAUCCCCGCUCCCGUGUCGUCACCACCACCCUGAAAGUGAAACAUCUGGGUCUAACCGACGCGGCCUACCAGAAGAUUCAACGACUGGCUGGUCAAAGAUACGAUGAAGCCACGGAUACGCUCACGAUUCUCACGGACCGCUGUCACACAAGAAAGCAGAAUGACGACUACGGGCAGUACCUGCUGACGGUGUUGUACCACGAGGCGCACAAGGUUGAGCAGUGGGAGCAGCAGGCGACGAGAGUCGACGCGUUGAAGCUGGAAUUUGAAGGGUCGGCUUCGAAGGAAAAGAUAAUAUCGCUGCUCCGACGCGCCAAGGAUUGCGACGCCCUCUCGCCAUCCGUCCAACUUUCCGCCGACUCGAAGGGCGACGAGCCCGAACUGCAGCAAUUUGCCGAAAAGUGGAAUCGAUACCGCAACGAGAAGGAAUCGCCGGCUUCGACGAGAAGCUACGCCGAAUCCGUCAAAUCAUUGCUAGGCAUCCCGAAAUUGGUC